GAGUGUUUAUAAGAGUGAUAAAGUAGCAGCAAAACCCAAACCACACAGUGCUGAUUUAGAUUUUCUUUUCGAUUACUCCUCGAAAAAUGCACCUUUCUGUGGUGGAAUCAACAAAACCAGUAAAAGGUUAAAUGUUUAAAGAAGAUCUGAAGAUCGAGAAUUGAUAAGAGAGUGAGAAAAGAGCUUUUUGCAAAUAUAGCAAAAUCAGUGUUCUUGAAUCUGUAUUUUCACUUAAUUAGCCUAAUUUUGUCACCAUCUCCAUUGAAGUCCCUCCUUAAACUUUUCUGAUCUGCACACACAAACACGCGCAGAAGCUCUUUUCGAGCUUUAAUUUUGUGAGAAAGGCAUGAGGUCUUCACUUUUCUUUCUCGGUUUCUUAUUCCUCUCUAUGACUUGGGUUUUUCAGUUUCAAGCUCAUGCUGCACCUGCUGGGCCAUUGAUAAAACACCUUUCCUCUCUUCUCAAAUGGACUAGGUCUUCCUCCAAAGCACCCCAGCAAGCAGAUGGAAAUGUGCUUCAAUUUGAAGAUGGCUAUCUAGUAGAAACUGUUGUUCAAGGGAAUGAACUUGGGGUUAUACCAUACACUAUUCGUGUCUCGCAAGAUGGAGAGCUAUUCGCUGUGGAUGCUGAGAACAGCAACGUUGUUCGAAUUACUCCUCCACUUUCCCAAUAUAGUAGGGCAAGAUUGGUUGCAGGAUCAUUUCAGGGUCACACUGGGCAUGUGGAUGGAAAACCAAGUGAUGCUCGUUUUAAUCAUCCAAAGGGGGUUACCAUGGAUGAUAAAGGGAAUGUUUAUGUUGCUGAUACAUCAAAUCUUGCCAUUAGAAAGAUAGGAGAAGCAGGAGUGACAACCAUUGCGGGAGGAAAAUCAAAUGUUGUGGGAUACCGGGAUGGGCCAAGUGAGGAUGCAAAGUUCUCAAGUGACUUUGAUGUGAUAUAUGUGAAGGCAACCUGUUCACUAUUAGUUAUUGACAGAGGCAAUGCUGCUCUUCGUCAAAUCUCUCUCGACAAGGAAGAUUGUAAUUACCAGUAUAGCUCUACAUCUGCCACAGAUCUUCUUGUGGUCGCUGGUGCUAUUUUGAUAGGGUAUGCGACGUGCAUGCUUCAGCAGGGAUUUGGUUCCUCUUUUUUCUCCAAAAUGCAAGGGCAAAAUGGAUAUGUACUUCCGGAACAACCAGUGAGCAAGGAGAAACCCACUCCUAUUGCAGUGGCCGUUAAAGAUGAACAAGAAGCUGGAUGGCCGUCAUUUGGACAGCUCGUCUGGGAUCUAUCCAAGUUUGCAAUGGAAGCAGUAGGUGGUAUCUUUCUUCAAUUCAUUCCCUUGCGCUUCAGAGGGAAGAGUUCCAAAGGUGGCCUUACUCCACUGAAAGAUUCUCUUGUCAUGCAUGAAGAUGAAUCCGAGCCUUCGUUAUCUCAAAAGCAGAGAACUCCAACUCCCCUAUCUGAAACAAGGCAGACCCUCGAGCCAUCUUCUGCUGAUAGAUUUACUGAAGUAAAACUACCUAAGAUUAGGUCAAGCAGUUUUAAAGAUCCCCACGAACCAUCUUCUGCUGAUAGAUUUACUGAAGUAAAACAACAUAAGAUUAGGUCGAGCAGUUUUAAAGAUCCUUCUUUGUCCAGCAAGCACAGAUCUUCUAGACGACAAGAAUAUGCUGAAUUUUAUGGAUCGGGUGAGGUUCCUCCAUACGGGCAGGUCAGGCCGAAGAGUCAGAAAGAGAGAACAAAGCAUCGUGUGCGAGAGAAAAAUGGAGAUGCAAAUUUUGUGGCAUCAAGUGUGGAGCCAAAACCUGUUGAAACCAGGGCAGCCAACUAUGAGAGUACAAACUAUGAUGCUUACAAUUUCAGGAGCAAGUAUGGAGAUUCGUAUCGGUAUGAUUAAGUUGCAGUGUUUUAGGCAGUUGAAUCAUUGGCUUCAGACAAAAUCUGUUUUACCAAAACGUCUGAAUGUCAUAAAAGUAACUUAAAAGUACCUGUUUUUGAUAUUCUAUCACAAAACAAAAUGUACAUCAUGUUUGAGAUGUAUGCUCAUGAUUUCUUGAUGUUCUUGUUUCUGGUA